AUGUCCUUCAGAAAUCCUUCAUCGUCGUUUGCAGCAGCAACAGUACAGCCUUCUUCCUCCUCACGACUACCUCCUCUCUCCAACCACAACCACAACCUCAACAACAACCUCAACCACAACCACCUCAACCUCAACAACCACCUCAACAACAACCUCAACAACAAUCAACUUCCCUACUCGAAUGCACUCUCCUCCCCUAAAUUGGGGGACAAUGAUACGUCGUUUCCUUACCAACGUGGAAGUUAUUAUCCUCCAAUCAGCAGUGGUGGUGCUAGUGGUCAAACAAAUAGUUUCUAUGGUGCAGAGGGAUACUAUCAAUCCAAAACACCCUUAUUUGGAUCAUUAAUCAUUGAUGAUUCCGACGAGGAUGACAACGAAGAAAUAUAUAAUCAAAAUUCCCGCCAUCAUCACCAUCGAUCACGUAGUAUCGAUCAAGAGAGUGCCAUUAUUGAUGACUCUUCCUCAACAACAAAUUCAGACUCUGAAUCCAUCAUUCUUGACUCAAACGAUCGAAAUGCCUUAGAUUUUGAGAAUAUUGGUGAAGGAGUGAUUGAUUUUUCAAAGAUGAUGAUGGGCAACAACAACCAUUCUCGACGACGACAUCACCAAGCCACCGCCAUCAUCAUUGACAACAACAACCCUCAUCACUUCACUGCACAUCAAAAAUCUCUCCAUGAUCCACUUCCUCCACCCUUCACCAAUUCCACUGCCAACACUCUUACCACUCCUCUCAGAAAUGAUCCUCUCAGAGAUGCAACAACAACAAAAACCUCUCUUCAACCACCAUCCACCACCACCACCACCACCUCCGAAAGGAUGAGCUUGUGGUCAAGCAAGUUGCAAACUUUGACAACCAAGAAUGAUGAGUCACAGGAUGCUCAUAUUGAAGAAUCCAAUCCCUUUCGACUCAUUUCUUCUUCUCGUUCUUCAUCGACAAGUCGAUCCAGUUCAAAACCAUUGUCAUCAUCACGACCAUCUUCUUCUUCUAAACAAUUAAUUGUUGGACGACCAUCUUCUUCUGAACAAACCUCACUUCAACCAUCACCACCUUCGAAAACACAACAACCCUCGACCGAUCAUCUUACGACUUUAAAAAUCAAUAGUACUACAAGUACUAGUUCAAUAAUGAUCAAUGGUCCUCCUAACCAAGGUAAUACCAACAAUACCACCAAUGCCACCACUCUACCAUCAUCAUCAUUGAAUCAUCCAUCCUCUGUUGAACAACAACAACACUCUCUUCAUCACACAUUUUCAUCGUUUUCUCUUUUAAAUGAAGAAGAUUAUAUUUGUAUGAAAUUACUAGGUCUACACAAACAUCAAGUCACUGCUCAUGAUUUAUUAUUAAAAUUAUUUGAUAUCUUUGGAAGUACUGAAUACAAUCAAGUUGGUAAAAGACAACAUUUAACCUUUCGAGCUGCAGCAUUGGCAGUGAGUGCCAUGUUGAAAUCACACAAAAAUGCUCAAAAUGCUCAUUCCACCACAUCGAUUGAACCUUUACCAUCACCACAUCACACACAUACCACAGAUGUAUUAAUGAUUAAUAGAAAAAUUAAAGAAUCGAUUGGAAAUGGAAAUAGAAAGAAAAUAGAUAAACAUUCACCUCAAUAUUUAGAACUUGUAAAGAAGAAAGUGGGAUUUAUUCCUCAAAAACAUUUGAAAAUGCAUCAACAAAUGUCAUCUUUUAAGAAUUAUAUUCCUGAUGAGACAUUUAAAAUGAUUUCAGUUUCAAAUUCAAAUCAUUUGAUGAAUCCAAAUCAUCAUUUUCAUAUUGGAGGUGUUCAUGGUAAUAGUUCGAGUGGUGGUGGUUCGAGUGGUGGUUCGAGUAUUCAUGGUAUUCAUCAUCAUCAUGGUGGCACUAUCAUUGCACCUACGACCAUGAUGGGAAAUAUUGGAAAUUUCAUAUCUUCAAACCAUGCAAGUCCUUUCAACAACAACAACAACAACAAUACUAUGAAUACUAUCAACACUAUGAAUAACAACUCCCAAAUGACAUCUUCUUUCGAUCCAUCUAUGAAAUUCAAUCAUGUCAAAAAAAGAAUCAAAUAUUUGAAAUUUAAAAAUAUCAUGUAUGAAUCAACAAUAUUCAUGAAAGAUACUGAAAAUCAUACUCUAGAAUCAGUAUUAGGUUAUUCAACAAAGGUCAUUUAUGAAAAUCCAUUUAUUGAUUUCAAUACUUGUUUAUCUCAUUUAAAAACUUUAUCAAAAUUAAGAUUUCCAGAAUUGGAAAAGAAUAGUUUAGAAACAUGUUCUAAAACUCUACUCUAUCCCUAUGUAUUGAACAUGUUGAAAAGAGCACACAAAUUAGUGAAUAAUUUUUCAAAAUGGAUUACUUGUGAUCCAAAUAUAUCCUCUCUCUUUCAUUACUAUCGACCUUCUCUAUUUCGUAUCUUUCACAUGUUUAUUGAAAUUGAUAAUUCAUCUAAUAUUGUAGUAGUAGAUUUAUUCAAAGCAAAUAAUACUAUGAAAUUGGAAUCAUUUAUUGCAUUUUGUAUUCGAUUUACAAUUAUUCCAAAUAUGCUCUCAGAAUUUGAAACUAAGAAAAUAUUUAAAAGUAUUUUUAGAGAAAAGAGAAAUAAUUUUUUAACGAAAAGUUUGAAUUCAAAACACAAUGAACAACAACAACAUGCAGUGAAUAUUAGUGAAUUUAUUGAAUUAUUGGCACGAAUUGCUGUGGUGUGUUAUGGUAGUUCGAAUAGUAGUACUGGUGAUGGUCAUGCCAUCAAUAAUACUACAACGACUACUCAACAUGGUAAUUCUAAUGGUAAUUCUAAUGGUAAUUCUAAUGAUGAAAAUCAUACACAUUUACAAAAGUGUCAACUCUUAUUGGAUCAUUUAGAAGAAGAAUAUUUUACCUUAUUUGGUGAAUUCAUGUCUAAAGAAAAACAACGAACAUUCCUUACCAAGAAGGAUGUCAUUCUUCAAUCUCAAUUUGAUAAGGAUACCAUUCUCAAAAAGAAGACAAUAUCAAUGGCUAAAGAAUCCAAUCUUUCACAAGAACCUUCAACCUCGAGAAGACAUAGACCUACAUUCAUAAUACAACCAAAGAAUCAAAAGAAUGAUCCUUCUCAUGGAUUGAAUUCCAAAGUACAAGAAACUGAAAUGGAUUUGAUUCAAUGCAUUGGAGAGAAGAGAUUUCAUGAAUUAUCCAAUCAAAAACGUUUAGAUAAAUUAUUUAAAAUUUAUAGUAGAGAUAAGAGAGAAAGAAUAUGGACAUGUAAUGAAUACCAAUUAUUUAUUGAAGAAUAUGAUUUAAAGAUGUUAUUGAAGAGAAUUCAAAACUAUUUUCAAUCGAAUUUUAAACAAGAGGAGGACAAUUGUGAUGAUGAGGAUCAAUGGUUCAAUUCAACAACAACAAGGACUACCGGUACUACUACUACAGCUGGUAUUUCUACUACUACUACUACUAGGACUAUUAGGACUACUGGUAUUGCUAUUGAUAGACACACCCCUCCUCAUUCAGCCACUACUACUACUCCUUUCAAUACUACUACUCAUUCCACUCUCAUUGAUGACAAGUACCUCGUUGGACUAUUCAGAAAUCGAUCAUUCUAUUUACAAUUAUCACAAAUUAAUUUUUAUCAUUUAAUUUAUGAUAUUUAUGUGGAAAAGAUAAUGCCUUUGAUCACCACCACUAAUACCAACACUCAUGUUACUACUAUUUCUACUACUAAUGGUACUACUAUUUCUACUACUAUUUCUACUACUAAUGGUACUACUAAUGGUACUAAUACACACCAUCCUAAUGAUUUAAAUUUUUCACUCUUUCUUGAAAAAUUAUUCCAUCAUGAUCAUUUUCUGAAAGGAAUUGAAAAUAUUAGAAAUAGAAAUAUCAAAACACUUCAUUCUUCUAAUACUAGUACCACACAAUCCUCAAUCCUUUUCUCCUCUCAUAAAAGUGGUGGUAUUCAUAGUGGUAGUGCUAUGAAUGGCUCUCCUCCAAUCUCCUCUAAUCCUUCUUCUACUCCUCCUUUUUUUUCAAAACGUGUCUUUAGACAAUUUCAUGUGGUGAAGGGUAGUCGAAUAGUUUCAAUGAUUGAAAAUAGAAAGGGAUGUAUUAUGAGAGAAUAUUUAAUACCAAAACCAUCAUUCACCACAUGUUCUAUUGAUCCUUUCAAUGAAUCAGUACCAACAACAAGAUGUGAUGAGUCCUCUUUGAAUGAUCAUUCCUAUUCAAACAAAUUAGAUGAUAGUAUUCAAUCGACUCUAUUUGAUUUAAAUAUGAUUCUAUUCGAUGCAUUUAUUGAAGAUGAAAUUCUAUCUUUAUUAACACUUUGUGAAUCUUUUAAUCAAUUUUUACAUCGAUUGAUAUUGAAUGGAUAUGAUUUGAAAAGUAAAUGUGAGGAGAAUGAAAUUCAUUCAUAUAGUAAUAGUUCUAUGAUCAAGAAUAGUAGUAGAGGUAACAGUAGUAGAAAUAGAAGUAAUAGUAUCAACUCUAAAAGUUGUCGACAACGACCAACAACAACAACAACAACAAGAUCUCUCUCAAUAGAUACAAUAAUGACUACUCCCAUCACACAAACAACACCACACACCACCACUCUGACCACUACUAAUACUACCACCACCAAUACUACUACUACUACUACCACUCCUCAACAAUUCCUCUAUUACCAACAAGUGAAAUGUUUAAGAUUUUGUAAAAGAAAGACCAUGGAACCAUUGGGAUGUAUUUUUGAUGUGAAAGGUCAAUUCUCAAGUUUGACUUAUCAACCCCUCCAAAAUGAAUUUAGAAGGAAUGAUUUUUCACUCACUUUUUAUGACCAUGUUGUUGUUGUUGUUCAUCAUGAUGAUCACAACAAGGGUGGUGGUGGUGGUGUUGAAGAUAGAUUUGGAAACCAUCAUGAAUCAUCUUCUCUCUUUCAAACUUUAUUGCAAUUAUAUAGAGAAAGUCAUUCCAUGGAUGAAUUAACGAAUGGUAUUAGAAAUUUAGGAUUUGAUAUUGUGUCAGUGAGAUACUUUAUGUAA